UCCCCAAUCAACUAAGUAAUCACCAUUUUUAGUAACAUGAUGCCUCAAAAUCUCUUUAUAUAAAUCAACUGUGUAGUCAUAAUCUUUUCAUGAGCAGAUCACCAACCCUGCCUCUAAUUUUCUUGCCAUCAUCACUCUGUAUGGCUCCUCUCUUCUCUCUUUUCUUCUCAUUCUUGAUGUGUAGUCGUAAUGCUGGGGGUGCACCAUCACCAGGGUACUACCCUAGUUCCAAAGUAAGCACUAUUAGCUUUGAUCAAGAAUUUAGAAAUCUAUGGGGAGCUCAGCAUCAGAAACUAGACCAUGGAUCAUUAUCAAUCUGGCUUGACUCUACCACAGGGAGUGGAUUCAAGUCAUAUCACUCUUAUAAAUCUGGAUAUUUUGGUACUGCGGUUAAGCUUCAACCAGGUUAUACUGCAGGAGUCAAUACAAAUUUAUAUCUUUCAAACAUAGAAGAUCACAAAGGAACCCAUGAUGAAAUAGACAUUGAGUUCCUUGGUACUACACAAGAUAAGCCAUAUGUGUUGCAGACAAAUGUGUACAUUAGAGGAAGUGGAGAUGGGAAGAAUAUAGGAAGAGAGAUGAGAUUUCAUCUUUGGUUCGACCCAACACAAGAUUUUCACAACUAUGCCAUUCUAUGGAAACCUAGUGAGAUCAUAUUUUUGGUGGAUGAUGUUCCAAUAAGGAGGUAUCCUAGGAAGAGUGAUGCAACAUUCCCUUCAAGACCAAUGUAUGUGUAUGGAUCAAUCUGGGAUGCAUCUGCAUGGGCUACAGAGAAUGGAAAAUACAAAGCAAAUUAUACUUACCAACCCUUCAUUGGAAGAUACCAAAACUUCAAACUACAAGGUUGUACCACUGAUUCCACCUCCUCAUGCCGGCCACCUUCUGUCUCACCACCCGGCUAUGGCGGCAAGCUGAGCCGUCAGCAAAAUGUUGCAAUGCAAUGGGUCCAAAAAAAUUACUUGGUCUAUGAUUAUUGUCAUGAUCCUAAGAGAGACCAUACACUUACUCCAGAAUGCUAAUGUUUAGUUCGGUUCAAUUUGGGGUGUGAUUUAAAUUUACCUUUUACACUUGCAUACAUAAACAAAACAUAUUGUUCAUGGAGUGGUUUUUGAAAUGGUCCCACAUGUUUGUUAGUGCUAAGUCUAUAAUUGCAAGAACAGUGAAGAUCCUAGCCCUUCAAAUAAAAAGAAAUGAUUGUGAUGUUUUUGUUAUUUGUGUAA